UCAUCUCAUCUCUAGUAUACAUAUAUUAGGAGGACUAAAUCCAAGUGAAUUCAAAUCCUAUUUCUACAGCAGAGGAAAAUGUCAUAUUAUGAGAUAAUUGUAACCUUCUAUUCAGUUCUUAAGGAGAACUAAUCCAAGUGAUGUCAAUGAUUUUUAAAAGUAAAAUAUGGAUUAUACUGCCCUGGAAAGCGAGAAAAAAUAUUCGCGGUAGACACAAUUGUAACCGUGGAAGAAACUUAAAUGAAAUUUUCAUCUCAGAUGACUAUGUGGGUGUUCAUUUUAUGCAGUGAACUUAUGCAAGUAGUUUGUAUACAAUUAUAUCUGGAUUAAGAAUCGUCCCUGCUACCAUGUGUUGCGCUUUUCCGUAAUCUACAAAACAUUAUUUACGGAACGCAAAGUCAGCGACCAACAUUUUUUUUUAUAUGAAAACUGUUAUGUAAACCAAAUCUCACCAACCUCCAUGAUGACGUCUCAAACGAAUUCAUCCGUUGAAGAACUUUUGCGUCAACUAAGUGACGAGAAGGCCAUGGUGCUUUUGCCCGCCAUUUUGUAUGUUGGGAUACUAAUGGUGGUGGGUUUUCUAGGCAAUGGUCUGGUGUGUUUUAUUUUUGUGAGAAAACUGAAACCUGGAACUCAGAAUAUUAUGAUUUUGUGCUUGGCAGCUUCAGAUUUUCUGGUAUGUUCCAUAGGAAUGCCUACAGAAAUAACGGAUAUGCGCUUCGAUUAUACCUUUGAGUCCGAGUUCGCUUGUAAAUUGUUGAGAUUCGUCAAUGCCCUUUCGACUAUAUGGUCAGAUUUUACACUAGUCGCCAUAGCUGUAGAUCGCUAUAUCAAAGUGUGCAGACCCUUUGGGAGGCAAAUGACUGUUCGGGACGCCAAAACGGCUGUACUGGUUUCUUUAUUAAUUGCUAUCUUGCUAUCCUGGCCGAUGCUCUUUAUUUUCGGUACGCGUUCCAAAGAUACGGGAAUACCAGGAUUAUUUGGGAAAGAUUGUUCCACAAGUGAUGCAGUGAAGGGGACCAAUUAUCCGUUAAUAUAUAACUCGAUUCUUUUUGUGUGUUUUGUUUUGGUAACCAUCGUUUUCAUUGUACUAUAUGCUAAAAUUUAUAGGACAGUGAAGAGACAAAAAGUGGUCAUGGACAAAGCUCGAAAAUAUAAUGCAAGUACCGAGGAGUAUGCAACUUCCGAGAGUGUAAACAGGCUCGAUACUUCUGCGGAGUCGGGGAAGCAAAACCAGAUUUCCCCGACGAUUUUCACACAAACUGCUGAUUCAUUGAUAAAGAAUGAUGCAUCUAUGGUUAAUUCGAAAGAAGAUAAAACAGUUUCCGUUGAUCGAACACAUUCCCUUACUUCGAAAGUAAGUGUUGAUGAACCUACUCUUAUGAAAGUGAGCAGUCAUUUUACUGUUGAUCUCCAAAAAAGCGUAACAUCCAUUCUUCCACCUACUGACAUGCUUGGGGUGGAUGCAGAGCGGACAAAGCAAGAAGUCAAGUCAUCUAAGAAAAGUCGCAAAGAAAAUAAACUUGGGCCAGAAAGUCGCACAACUCUAAUUGCUUUUCUGGUGACCAUCGUAUUCGUACUAAGUUACUUACCCUACCUGGGGAUGACUUUCUCCAGUAUCUUUAACAAAGGGUAUAAUCAUCAUCUUCGCGGACCUUCCCUUGCAGCUUAUAACCUGUUCCUACGGUCUUACUUUGUAAACUCUGCUGUUAAUCCAAUCAUCUAUGGUCUUCUCAACCCAAAAUUCAGUCGAGCAGUAAAGGCUAUGUUCAAAGGACCGACUUGUUGUAGACCAAGCAGGAUUUAUGAUCUCGAUUAGUAUAUAUAGUGUUUUGGGGCGAUAGUAUAUUGUGUUGCAAGGAAGAUAUUCUUGAGAAUUUGUACAAAUACAAACACCAACACCCCAUUCAAUACGAUGAGUAGUGAUUGUCAUCAUGAACUAACCAAACUGACAUUCUAGCCGUCGAUUUUUUGAUUGGCGGCUAGAAUUAGGAUGCGUCAACUUGUCUUUAUAAUCUGAGUUAAUGUAUGAUAGAAUAUUCAUAGUGUCAUAUUAAUACAGACACCAAUAAAAUGAUAACAAUA